UCUGAUCUGCUGCUUCACUUGAACAACACGAGGAACGUCACACUCACAAAGCAUUGGAAACAUCGAAGGGGUAAACUCUCAUACUCUUAACCGCAGACAUGGAUUGUGGAAUUAUAACAUCAAAAACAGUCCUCUUAUUUAUCAGCUUAAUAUUUUGGGUUGCUGGAGCAGCCCUUGCCUAUGUUGGUUCUUAUGUGAUUAAAAGUUACAACAACUUUGAAGACUUUGUGGCUGAUAAAUACACUCUCAUCCCGGCUAUCAUUAUAAUCGGGGUGGCCGUGCUCAUGUUUAUCAUCGGACUUGUCGGCUGUUGUGCAACUCUGAAGGAGUCCAAAGUUGGUUUAAGCUUUUUCCUUCUGAUAAUCUUGAUCAUCUUCGCUGCAGAAGUGACCGCUUUUGUGUUUGGUGUCAUCUACAGAGGCAGAAUCAAAGGUGAUUUAGAGAAGUCAAUGAGUGAUGUCUUCCAAAAAUAUGAUGGUCAGAACUCUGAAAGCCAUGCAGUGGAUUACCUGCAGUCUCAGCUGGAAUGCUGUGGAGUGAAUAACUACACAGACUGGACAUCAGUGCCUUGGUUUGGCCAACAUAACAACUCUGUACCACACUCCUGCUGUAAGACCAAUGCUACACAAUGUACUGGGCUUUUCAACCAACCAGAGCUUUUGAACACACAGGGUUGUGAGUCUAAACUGGAGCAGACGCUACAGGGUGUGCUUAGUUAUGCAAUGUUGGUCAUCCUUGGAUUUGCUAUCAUUAAGCUAAUUGGGAUGAUCAGCAUCUGUGUCAUUGCCUGUAGAAGCAAGAAGAAUGACUACGAACCUCUUUAUGCAUGAAUGUAAAAUCAAGUCUCCUCAUUCCCUCACUGGGACUGUGGUACACCCUUUAUACUUUGCAGCUAAACACAAUAUCAUUGGGACCAUAAAGAACAAAGCUUGCAUAUUUUGAAGGUGUGACAAUAUUCUAAAUAUUCCACAUUUAAUGCAUUUGGUCAAGUGCAUUUUGAAUGCAUAAAGGAAAAUGGAACGGGAAACCAGAGACGUUUCGAGGGAUUUAACAUUUUUAAUUGCCUCUUAUGUUUCUAAUAUCGUGUAGGUUGAUAAUAGCACUCGCCAAAUACUGUAUACUGUAUCUACCAACCCCACAUGUUUAAGGAACAGUUUCUACCACAGGUCUUUGCCAAAUGUGUUAUAAAAUUCACUUUAGCUCCAAAUUUCUGCGCUUCACUUUUAAGAAUUUUAUGUUGUUUCUUUGUGAUGUAGUAUGUACACCAUGUUAGGUCAUUUUUCUUGCAUAGCAUAACAUAUUUACUGUUAAUGUUAACUUGUCAUAUAGUAAGUGUACUGUAAUCAUGUAUGUUUGUUAUGCCAAUUAAAGAUAUUAAAUUAUGGAAAUAAAUGUUUUCCAAUGAGGGUG